AUGAACAACUUGGCUAACCAGGCAAAGACUCUGACCUCUGAAGAAGAUGAGACAUGCAAGGAUGAUAAAUUGAAGGAUACUUCAAAGAAAAAAGUGUACAAUGGUAGCAAUAAGAACAAUACUACUGCUAUGGAAAAAGGACAUCUUGGGUUUGUUAAGGUUAACAUGGAUGGAUUGCCAAUAGGGAGGAAAGUGGAUCUAAAUGCUCACGCUUGCUAUGAGACUUUAACCCAAGCAUUGGAGGACAUGGAGGUCGUAUCCGGUGUUGGGGUGGCUGUCGUCUGCGUCUACCCUCUCCUGGCUGCUCCUCUGCAUCUGGCGUCCGACCUUGUCGAUGUGCUACAUGUCCGUCAUCUCCACCCAUAG